AAAGAAAAGAAACCCCAACUCACUCAUUUCCUCUGUCUACCACUCGUCAAUUCCAUCUCUCUCCCGCAGCUCGAAUCGUCUUUUGUGACGUUCAAGGCAACUAUUCCCGCAUCACCGGCGCAGCAAGAACAAGGUCAAAAUGGUCCCCAACAAGCCAGCAUCGAUCAAGGAAGACCGCUAAUUCCUGACGGCGCAUUGCGACCCGUGGGAACACUCCACCUUACCCUGGGCGUCAUGAGCCUUCCUUCGAAAGAACGGUUCGAAGAAGCCCUGGAGUUCUUCCAGUCACUAGAUCUAGUCGCAAUGAUGCACGAAGCGGAGGAGAAGGCAGAGAAUAUCCGCUCAAGGAAAGGGAGAUUGGAACAACCAUCAACUCCUUCUUUUCCUGGAUCUCGUGGCGAUAGCGAGUUUGAUUCUGUGCAGGAGAUUGUUGGUCCUGCUACCACAAUCUCGCAGACCAUGCCUCGGCCAUUCAACGUUUCUCUCGAAUCAUUACAUGCUCUUCCGCGACCACGCUCUGCUACAGUUCUGCAUGCUACACCGGUGGAUCCUACGUCCCGGUUGUACCCCUUUUGCGAGAUGCUGCGGGAUGAGUUCCUCGAAGCUGGGUUCUUGCAGGGGGAAUAUAAGGAGCCUCCUCAGCGUCAGGCAGGACAAAAUCCCGAUGGAGGGGCAGCGGAAGGGAUUUCUCAAGAGGAUGAGGGGAAUAAGUUGAAAGAGCGCACCUUAUCCCAAUCCCAACCUCCCAAACCCCCUAUCAAACCAAUCCACAUCCCCCAAAAACCCAAGUUCAAGCCCAGACCACUCCUCUUACACGCCACUGUCGUGAACACGAUAUACAUUAAAGGUCGGCAACGCAAAGAUGAUUUCAAGGGCAAGGAUGGCCCCAAGGGCAAGAAGAAUAGCCGGUAUACAUUCGAUGCCAGAGAUAUCCUUGACCACUAUCGGGAUUAUUAUCUCGAUAGUCAUAGGACGACGCCCCGAUCUGCGGCAGUGACUGUUGCAGGUAGUACACCCCAUGGCAACGAAUCAUUGCCAGCAGAAGGUAGAAACAACUUGCGACGCGCUAGCAACGUAGGAGAUCUAGACGAUGACCCAGAACAAAAGAAGAGGAAGGGAUCACCUAGAUCUGAUGCAUCAGGGUCAGGCGACGCCGUCAAGUAUCCAUUUGUCUGGGCAAAGGAGUUCCCUCUGGAAUCCGUGUGCAUUUGUGAGAUGGGCGCAAAGAAGCCGAAUCCCGAUGAGGACGGAUUGAAUGCCCGCCUAGGAGAGAAAUACAAGGUUGUUGCGGAGAGGAGUUUG